CGCUGGCCACUACCUCCGCCGGCUCCCGCGUAGGGAAGGGGCCGCCUGUCCCCGGCUGGCCAGACCGCCGCCGGGUCCCGUGUGUGGACGGUUCCGCCCCUCCCCAGCCGGCCGGGCCCGCGCAGCCCACCCGCCGCCGGCAUGAUCGGCCAGAAGACGCUGCACUCGUUCUUCCGCGCGCCGCCGCCGCCGCCGAGGAAGCGGGAGCGCUCCCCGGAGCAGGGCGGGGAUGCUGAGGCCAACUUCGCCAAAAAGCUGAAGCUGGUGGAAGAUGAAUCGGGGAAGGCCUCGCCCCGCUCCCCUCCGCUGAGCCCCGAGCAGCAGGAACGGAUCCGCAGGAACAAGGAGGCGGCUCUGCAGAGACUCGCUUCGCGGAGCGUCCCCGCGGGGUUCGGAGAGGGCUGGAGGCGGCAGCUGGCGGGGGAGUUCACUAAGCCCUACUUCUCCCAGCUAAUGGCAUUUGUAGCAGACGAGCGAAAACGUCACACCAUCUACCCACCCGCGCAGCAAGUCUUCACCUGGACGCAGAUGUGCGACAUCACAGAUGUAAAGGUUGUCAUCUUGGGACAAGAUCCUUAUCAUGGACCCGGUCAAGCUCAUGGACUCUGCUUUAGUGUCCAGAGACCUGUUCCACCUCCACCUAGUUUAGAAAAUAUUUACAAAGAGCUGUCUGCAGACAUAGAAGAUUUCACCCAUCCCGGCCAUGGAGAUCUAACUGGGUGGGCCAAGCAAGGAGUACUUUUGCUCAAUGCUGUCCUCACAGUCCGAGCACACCAACCUAAUUCCCACAAGGAAAAAGGCUGGGAACAAUUCACUGAUGCAGUGGUGUCCUGGCUAAACAAUAAUUUGGAUGGACUUGUCUUCAUGUUGUGGGGAGCUUAUGCACAGAAGAAAGGCAGCUCUAUUGACAGGAAACGUCACCAUAUUCUACAGACUGUCCAUCCCUCGCCUCUCUCUGUGCACAGAGGGUUUUUCGGUUGUCGGCAUUUCUCUAAAACCAAUGAACUGCUGAAGAAGUCUGGCAAGAAGCCCAUUGACUGGAGAGCACUCUGAGCUACAAACAUCAAUUUGGGAAUGUAAUCUGAAGUAGCCCUUAUAUCAAGGAUCAUCCCAUUCCUGAAAAAUUGGGUUGGCGUGAGAAUUAUUCUUUAGACUUGGUCUAGCUGAAAAACAAAAUGGCCUACUUUGCAGAAGUGCUACCUUUAAGUAUCUGUUUUACAUACUGUAUAUGUUUAAGGGGAAAACCAGAGUUUGAUAUAAAGAAUAAUGAAACUUCUAGGUUGUUGAACAAAUUUUAAGCAAAAAUCUGUUGAGCCUGUUCUCAAAC